AGGCGCGUUCGCGUUGCGACGGACGCGCGGACAAUGGAGUCCCGGUUGCGAUUCCCGUAACAGCAACAAGGACGUCGUAGGUUCGCCAAGAUGGGCAACAAUGGGAGCAGGGAUCAGCAAGUCGCGUGCUCGAACGGUUUGGAGGGAACGAAUCGGGUCUGCUGGUCGCAGUCGUUUCCUCGGGAACUGGCGAGGCACAGAUCCCAGCCCACUGCCGCGCGCAAGGUUCUUCCCGAACCGCCCAAUCAAAGGUUACGUGCCACCGAUAACGGAAGUAUCAUACACAAUGGCGGGACCAUAAGUGGCCGCAGGGCGCCGACGUUCGCGUCGGCACGCGAUCUUUCCAAGCGUUACGAGCCUCCGUUUCGAGAAAGGACAGGAUCCGCUUCGAACUUGAUCGAACCCCGUUCGAGGCGGCUCGAUCGCCACUGCUGCCGUUAUCGCAGUGACCCAAGCCGAGAGGCGAACCUGAAGAAGUUCGGCAGCGAGCCCGACUUACGAUGCACUCCCGACCUCUGCUGUUCACCGAGCUCGAUCAACAGAGACGAGACUCGCACCCCGUCGAGCUCCAAUCGCUACGCCAGGGAACCGAAGGAGCGGUUCGAGAGCAGAUACAAGGCUAAGAAAAAGUACAAAGCACCCGCGCCGCCACCGGCGAUCAGCUCCGGCGAGCUGGCGGAGGAAUCCACGGCCGGCGGUGAAUCUCGUUGCUCGCGUGACCUCGACUCCCAUCCCCGUCCUCAUUCCCAUAACAGCAACGCUCGAUUAGAACAGCAUCAGGUCCAAGCGCCUCCAAGAAGAUCCCGGCUGUUCAAGACCCGCGCCGAGUCAAGGAAGACUCAGAUCAGCUGGCAGCUUUCAUCCUCGUCCGGUUUCGAUCGGGACCGAUCGACGAUCGAGCCUCCGAAUCGAUGGAACGGCGCGAUUCGUUCCCGGGCGGUUCAGCAUUCCGACAACGAGACGAGCAUCGACGAUCGCGUUCGCCGAUCGGACGUCGACGAGCAUCUCCGUCGCUCGAGACUCUCCGAUGAAGGAAAAAACACGCUUCAGAGGAGCAUGAGCAGUCCGGAGUUUCAGGCGGAGUUGAUACAGGUGGCUAGGAAGGUUCGGGAUAAACUGAAUUCCAGCGGGAGGGCGAUCGCAGGGGAAGAGUCGAUGGGAAAUCGUAAGGAUCGGCUAUACGAGACUGAAGAUAGACGCGAUUUUAAAGAACGCGUUAGGACAACGUCGUUUCACGGCCACCUCGACAGCUCUGGGAAUCGAGAAGUGGAUGGGAGCAACGAUCGCGACGCGAAGCUGCGUCAACAGAGUUACGAGGCACCGAAGAAUCGUUCGAAGGAUACGAACGUUGCUAGAAAUUGUAACAGUCCUGUAUCGAACGAUAAACAUAGAGAGAAGAAGAAUUCGGAAUCCGGAAGACUGGAGGAUCAUCGGAUAAACGCUACUGCGCGUAAUCCGAAGGUCGAUCGAAAAUGGACUGAUAAUGCGAUAACAGAGAAGUCUGAGAUAAGGAACUCUGUUACGGAUGAUCGUGACGCACGAGAACAGGAUCAGCAAUUCGCUGCGGGGACGCAGAUUGCACCGAAAACAUUUUACUUCGGUAUGAACGAAUGUCCUAACGAUACUCGCGAGGAUCAAAAUACUCUGAAGGAGUUUGAGACCAAACCAAAAUUGCAAGAGGAGAUCAGACCAUCGAUAGAUAUGAACGACGACACGGAUGACAAUUCGGCGUUGGAGGCUCCGGGCCCGAGUAUGAGCACCGCCAGCGAGGAAAUGCCGGUAAUGUUCGAGGAACGAAUAGAGCGUCUCUCGAGACCCCCGCCGCCUUUCCCGCUCUCGUUGGGCCCCCGCAGUUGGCACGACAAAUCCGGUGACUCCGGGAUAUCUGGAGACGCGGGGGCACCUAACGAGGACUCAUUGGACGUAAGUACUAUCAACAGAAUGAAAACGACGACGACCAGGCCUACUUGGACACCGCAACAGGACUUGGGAGAAGAAUCGAGCAGCGACGCUGGGGUCGAUUCUCCGCCGCCUUUGUCCACCCCUUUGAAGUACCAUUCCCCGCGAGCGCACGUGUUCUCCCUCUCGUUGCCCAGGGACGACGCCAGGAACUAUCUCGGAGGCUCGGAAACGAAAACCAGAGACGCGUCCGCGUUCAACUCGCUUCAAAAGCUGAAGCGGUCGGUGUCGGGGGCGUUCGGUAUCGGCGCGCAGGAUCGUCAAAAGAAGUGCACUCGCGAUGUCCUCGACGAUAACUGGCUUUUAUCGAGCAGCGCGCCGACCUCGUUGCAGCACAGCCACGUUCGCGUCGAAGCCUCGACGCGAGUUUCUCCCUCGGUCUGGAGACCGUUCACUCAGGAUCGUGAUCCCGACGGUGACGGCGCCGACGCUGAUGCCGACGACGAUGACGAAGACGACGACGACGAUCGAGUCGUCGAUGACAAUUUGGCGGAGGACGAGGAGGAAGACGCGAGGGCGAACGACGUGAUAGAACGGAACGAGAAAGCAAACGAUUUCCCGGUAAUUAUGAAACCGCCGUCCUUCUCGUAUCUCACACCUGGUGGUCAUGUUAUGUACCUGCCGGAAACGAACGAAGUGGAGCACAGAGUUCAGAACAUGUCUGGGAGAAAAGUCACUUCCACUGAAUACACGAGAACGACUAUGACGAUUCACGAGGAGAAUAAUGUGGAAAGAUCAGCGUAUCGCGGUGAGGUUUCUUCUUAUCGAUUGAACGGCUAUGACCGUGAUGAUGUCAACGAGAUCAGAGAGAUCAAGGGAGAGAAUUAUGACGAAGAGAGUAAAAACGAUCCAUCGCGAAGACGAUGUAAAAAUGUCAAUGACACGAGGGAGUCCAAUGAAUUCUCAAAUCGUUCCGACUCGCGCGAGAACCGGUCGAAGACGAGAAGAGCGUCGUCGCCUUUUAACGAGAAUCGGGAACCGGCGAGUACCUCGGGUUCGGGGGACGCGAAGGCGGCGAAACCGCAGCGAAAGAGCAAUUCGAAGGGCAAGAGGUUCACGUUUCAAUCGACCGUCAGGCAAAUAGAGAGGCGUCGAUUAGCUGAAAAACUGUCGAGGGAGGCUGAAGCGAAGGAACGUCAAAGGAAGGGUGAGCUCGAAGCCAUGCGGAAGGUCGAAGAGGAAUUCCAACGAAAACGAGCGAAGGAGAAAGCGAAUAUCAGGCAACAGCUGCGUCUGUUCAAAGAGAUGGAAGAGAAUUUCAAUAGCCUCCCGACUGCCGAUUGGGACGGUUCGCAGUUAUCGCGAGCCGAACCGGACGGUGCGCCUUCUUCCACGGCAUCUUCUCCGACGUCGUUGCCCAGUGGAAACUUGUCCAGGAGCGCACCCACGAAAUGUUUCGAUAACGAAAUUCCACGGAAGAAAGACAGCGAUUCGGAUUUAGCGAAGCAAGCCCGGGCCGAGCGAAAAGGCUACCGGCCUAAGUAUUACGACUGGCCACCGGAAACCACCGCUCAUUUGGAUUACAAACAGACUACUGUUCAUCCAAAGAUAGUUUGCGAUAUUCCGAAGAGUUCGCCGGUUUUCGUGGACGUGAAUGCUCAUUCCGGCAAACCGGUUACGUCCAAUUCUACUCCUAAAUCGGACAACUAUAGGAAAGACUUCGCUCACGGCACGGUGGCAACUAGAACCUCUUUCCCGAGUAGCGACAGCGAACUUUCUCAGCCGAACACGAGGCCUCAUUCCAGACAGACCGGAGUCAAGAGCAAACCGCAUCGAGCUAGGGAAAACGAGACCGAAACAGGGAGACGAAAGAGCGAACGAACGUUGAGCAGGUCCGGUAGUCCAGAACGGUUCGAGGACGCGGGAACGUCGGAGGAAGACUCGCAGCUAGUGGAGGCGAGGAUACAACCGAGGAAACCUGGCCAUGAUUUCAUACUAACAAGCGGGAUACAACCGUUCACGAAACAGAAAGCGUACAGGCCGAUUUCGUUUAACCCUCGGCCACCCCCGCCCAUUCCGAGUUAAUCGUUCCUCAACGAUUCGCGUAUCCUACCCCGCGGGAAUUUGUUCAAACAUAACAAGAUAUAUGUAUAUGCCGCAAAUAUAACAUAAUGUACAUAUGUAUAAUAAUAUGGUUGAAUAAAGAGUAUCAUGUUA